GAUAUCGGGACUGGCAAGGCCUUGAAUGCACCUCUCCAAGGGCAUACUGACUGGGUUACCUCUGUCGCAAUCUCUCAAAAUGGGCAACACAUUGUGUCUGGCUCACAUGACGAAACGAUCCGGGUGUGGGAUAUGAAGACUGGCGAGGCAGUGGGUGCCCCUUUCCGAGGGCACACUGGUUUUGUUAUGUCUGUCGCAAUCUCGCCUGAUGGCAAACACGUUGUGUCUGGGUCAUCCGACAAGACGAUCUGGGUGUGGGACCUAGAAUUUCUUAACCGGCACCGACUUUUCGAAGCAUCUACAAUAUGUUUCUCAUCUGACCUAUCUCACGCCCUUCAUUCCACCUCGUCCUUUCUCUCAGAUUCUGAAACCCCAGCUCCUUCUGGUCCGAACAAGGAGGGGUGGGUUGUAGGUCCCGAAGGACGGCUUCUCCUCUGGAUCCCACCCACUUUCCACCCGACAACCUUCGCCCAGGGCAAUGUAUUGGUGAUACCCACCAACGCCUUACAGCUGGACUUGAGUCGUGUUGUGCAUGGCACGUCAUGGCACGAGUGCCGGACGCAGGAGGCCGUGUCAUAUUGGCGAUAGAUAUCCCUCGGGUCACGCCAUAUGCAUGUACUUUGUCCUUUGACUGAAGAUGGCCAUUCUACACAAUUUUAGCACAAUGACUACAAAGACAGAAUAUUUGUAUCUCAGCCUAACUGAGACACGUAUCCGAUUCUGAACGCCCCCACUAACACGCAACUCACUUCACCAUGCC